AUGGAUAUGGAGGUUCAGCACACACCAGGAAAGAUAAGUAUCUCUAAAAGGCCCAUCCUUUCACGAAUGAAUGAUGUUGAGAAUACAGAUUACCCACAUUACCAUGAUCUCUUAAGAAAAAUGAAUAUGCCUUUUGUGAAAGGCUUUGAGGACAGACAUAACCAUGGCAGGUUUGAAAAGAAAUGCAACCCUUCUUUUCUUAAAUUUCACCCUUAUCCACCAUCAGUUCUGCCAGACUAUCAUGUGCACUAUCCUUAUCCUCCACCAUAUGGGCCAGAUUACCCAUUAUUUCCACUUCGGGAUGAAGUGCCGUUAGGUGAUCCCUGUUCAGGCUUUAUGAGUCCUGGUGGUGAUGCUGAUUUAAAUCCUGGCAUUGGCAAAAUGAUACCAAGCUUGGUGAGUUACAGUGAUGUGAAACCUCAACAUCGAGUUCCCAGAUCAAACACAGGUUUUCAAACAACAGUGAAAAGGCAAACAAUUCUAUCAGAAGAACUGCAACAGGACAGGAGAUGGAAUUCCAAGAAAGUGCCAGAUAUUUCCAUCAGAGCAAAACUUGGAGGUUGGACAAGCCCAGUGAAAGUUACUCCUUUAAAACCUCUUCAUGAAGCAUGCUCAAUAAAUCACACAUACGAAUUUGAUGAGGAGGCAACAUGUACGGAUGAUGGUGUUCAACCAAAGAAGUCAUACAAUGCAAAGAAGUCAUUUUACAAGUCCUCUACACAAAAAGCUUAUGAAAGUGUUCCUUGGGAUAAGAUGCUUCCACCAAAACUUGAUCCAGAAGAGACAACUUUAGAAAAAGCUGCUGACCUCAUCUCACAGUGCUUUACCCUGAAAAGAUAUGAAAGGAAACCAGAAAUAACUCAGAUGGUUGGCGGACUCUGGGACAGAUUUCAAACAAGAUCAUUCCUGGCACCAGUCAAACCAAUUAAUUUUGUGAGUCCAAGUUCUCGAAGUAAAUACAUUCCUUUGUAUACUGGUCACGUGCAGUCUACAAAUGCAGAUGACAUUGAUAACCCCUUUGGAGACAUCACAUCUCUAGCUGAACCUCGGCGCUCUAGGCCUCUUUAUACCAACACAAGUCGUGCUGCGAAUAUUCCAGGAUAUACUGGCAAGGUUCAUUUCACAGCCACCCACCCAGCAAAUUCUCAUAUUCCAUCAACAACCCCAUCACCAGAUUCAGAACUGUACCGCACCUUGCGGAGAGAGAUGAAAGUUGACCUCUUCCGUCACCAAGCUCCGCUGUCGCGAGUAGUCACCACUGUGAAACCCUACAACCCCUUCAACAGGAAGGAGGAGUCCCGGGGCUACUAG